CCCUCCCUUUUUUCGUCGCCGGCUAAAUUUCCGUCGUUGUUUCUCACUUCCACCACUUUUUUGUUCCCUUUGAUUUGACCAAACGAAGAAUCUAAGAGCGAUGAAGCAUAUUUUCAAGAAGCUACACAGAGGUGGAAAUCAGGAGCAGAAUCGGACCAACGAUGCAGUUCCACAAACGGAUCAGAAUCGGAUACACGUUGCUGCAAAUCCUCAAGCAACCCCUUCUUCUGUCGCGGAGACGCUUCCGGUGAACGGAGGCAAUUCUUCGAUGACCUCUCCCUCUCCAACGGCUGCUACGAGCCGUUCGGAUUACAUAUCCUCCGAGGAGGAAUACCAAGUGCAGUUAGCCCUAGCGAUCAGUGCGUCGAAUUCGCACUCCGGUGAGGAUCCGGAGAAGCAUCAGAUCCGAGCGGCGACGCUUUUGAGCUUAGGCAACCAUCACCGGAUGGAGUCAAGGAGGGAUUCAUCGGAGGUGGUGGCCGAGAGGUUAUCCAGACAGUACUGGGAAUAUGGCGUGCUUGACUAUGAGGAGAAAGUUGUCGAUAGUUUCUACGACGUGUACAGCCUAUCCACAGGCUCAGCAAAGCAGGGAGAGAUGCCGUCGCUGGAAGAUCUUGAAAGCAAUCAUGGAACCCCUGGCUUUGAAGCUGUGGUUGUAAAUCGACCCAUUGAUCCUUCCUUGGAUGAGUUGCUACAAAUUGCACAGUGCAUUGCAUUGGAUUGUCCUACUUCCAGUGUUAAUGUGUUGGUACAGAGGCUGGCUGAACUUGUCACAGGGCAUAUGGGCGGAUCUGCGGAAGAUUCCAGUAUAGUAUUGGCAAGGUGGACUGAAAAAAGCAGCGAGUUCAAGGCAGCACUAAACACUUGUGUAUUCCCUCUUGGAUUUGUAAAUAUUGGUCUCUCCAGGCAUCGUGCUCUGCUUUUCAAGGUUUUGGCAGAUAGUGUCAGGUUACCUUGUAGGUUGGUAAAAGGCAGCCAUUAUACGGGCAACGAGGAUGAUGCUGUGAACACAAUAAGACUGGAAGAUGAUAGAGAGUACUUGGUUGAUCUUAUGACAGAUCCUGGGACGCUUAUACCUGCUGAUAUUGCAAUUGAGCCAUAUAACUCACAUGGAGACAAAUUUCCCACAGCACAGUUGUCGAAUAACUUCAGGCAAUCAGUGCCAAAGCUGUCAGAAGCUGUAGGCAAUAGUCAGAGUUCUAUGGCUGACAAUAGUUCUUCUUUGGAUAGAAAGUCAGAGUCUGAAAAGGCAGAUUCCUCAACCCCAAAGCUGGGUCCACUUCGGAAUUCAGAUUUGAGCGCUUCACCUUCUAGCGUAACUAGUUCCAGUCAGUUGGAGAAUAAUUCCCUGACAGCAAUUGCUAAGGGGAGUCGAGGAGCCAUAAAUGAUAGUCCAAGAACAAAUAUGAAUAUAGUUCCAUACAAUCAAAACACUGAGGAAGACCCAAAAAACCUUUUCGCAGACCUUAACCCAUUUCAAAAUAAGGGAACUGACAAGCUGUUUAUGCCCACUAAAUCAGGUUUGAAUAAUGUUGAUGAUUUGCAUCAACAAAAAAAUAAUCCUUUGGUUGGUAAAUCUCCUGCACCAAUGAUGUGGAAGAAUUACAGCUGCAAUGAAGCCCCAAAGAGGAAGGAGAAUAGUUAUAUGGAAAAUCUUCUCCCGAAACUCCACCGUGAACCUCGUUAUGGAAACAAUCAUUCAUCAUAUGCUACCUCAAGCUCCGGCGUAGCGGUUCCGUCAAAUGUGCCUCGCCGAGAAAAUGUGACAUUUGGGUCUCCGGUUGCUGCGCCACCACCCUUCACUUCAAUUGGAAAUCAGUCCACACCAAGUAUGGUGGAAGAUGUGCAUAGAAACACCAACAAUGAACUAGAUCUUCAGCCUAAUGCUGCUGUUGUGGUACAUGGCAACCAAAAGGAUGAAUCUCACGUCCAUGAUCAUAGAAAGUAUACGAGUGAUGACAUAUCUACUGGGUCUGAUCUGAGGCUUAAGGAUCAAGAAAGUACAAGUUCCUCUCUUGAUUCUACAUCCUACCGGAAUGAUCCUCAAGUCCUUGAUGAUGCAGAGGUUGGUGAAUGUGAAAUCCCUUGGAAGGAUCUUGUCAUUGGGGAGAGAAUUGGACUAGGGUCCUAUGGGGAGGUUUAUCAUGCUGACUGGAAUGGCACGGAAGUUGCUGUCAAGAAAUUUUUGGACCAAGACUUCUCAGGUGAUGCUUUGGCCGAGUUCAGAAGAGAAGUACGCAUUAUGCGAAGAUUGCGACAUCCAAAUGUUGUUUUCUUCCUUGGGGCGGUUACUCGUCCCCCAAACCUUUCCAUUGUUACAGAGUUUCUGCCAAGAGGAAGCUUGUAUCGUAUCCUUCAUCGGCCCAAGUCUCAGAUUGACGAGCGGCGCCGGAUUAAAAUGGCCCUUGAUGUGGCAAUGGGGAUGAAUUGCUUACACACCAGCACACCAACAAUUGUUCACCGCGAUUUGAAAACACCAAACCUUUUGGUUGAUAACAACUGGAAUGUUAAGGUUGGUGAUUUUGGGUUGUCUCGCUUAAAGCACAAUACUUUUCUAUCCUCAAAAUCAACUGCUGGAACGCCCGAAUGGAUGGCUCCGGAAGUUCUACGCAAUGAGCCCUCAAAUGAAAAGUGUGAUGUGUACAGUUUUGGAGUAAUUCUUUGGGAACUUGCAACAUUGAGAUUGCCUUGGCGAGGAAUGAACCCAAUGCAAGUAGUAGGAGCAGUUGGUUUCCAGAACCGCCGGCUUGAGAUUCCCAAGGAACUUGAUCCUGUGGUGGGAAGGAUCAUCUUGGAAUGUUGGCAAACGGAUCCGAAUCUACGACCGUCCUUUGCUCAGCUGACGGAAGUGCUGAAGCCUUUGAACCGGCUCGUGCUUCCUUCACCACAGUAGUUGUCAAGUGUGAAUAUGUGAAACGCGGUUUAAUCAUACUAGAAUUCGAGGAAUGUAUAUGAAAUCAAUUUACAAUAUCAUGUUUUGGUGUAUUUGUUAUAGGAAAAGCCGCGAUGCUGUGCUUUGUUUAUAAUGGGUUAUACUUGGGUCUC